AUGAAGCUCUUCGUACUCGCUGCAGGUUCUGGGGCCCUUGCCCUUCAGCGAACUCGACACCCUAAGGCGAACAAAGCUUGUUCUUCUAUCGAUGAAGAGUAUGCUUGCUACACCGAUUGUAACACAAGAUACGAUGGUUGCGUCUCACAGUGCAAUGUCGAUGACAGCCAGUGCGUUCGCGACUGCAUCCUAACAUUCUCCGAAUGUGAAUCAAACUGCCCUUGCAGAGAAGGAUGCGAGGAAGGCUGCCCAUGUGUUAACAACCCAAUCGCAAAUACUUACUGUUCCCUUUGUGAAACGGAAGAGUGUCUUUCCUUCGUUGACAUUGUCCUCGGAAAGAUGGAUCUUGAUGCGGAUCCAUGUGAGGAUUUCAACCAGUACGCCUGCGGAGGCUGGGAAGCUACCGCCGAAAUUCCAGAUGAUGCUGGCAGCUUCUCCCAGUUCUCUGUCGUCAGAAAAGCUCUCUCUGCUACUUUGAACAGAACCCUCUCUGACCCUUCAGUCGAAGGACAUCAUGGAUGGGAAUCAGUCGUCAAGGCCAAGAACCUUUUCAGCAUCUGCAUGGAUGAGGAAACUCUCGAUGCUCAAUCCACUUCUGAUCUCGCUGAUACAAUCACCAUUUCCUGGCCAACACAAGGAAUUCUCGAUGAGGAGAAAAAUGUCCAGCAUUCUAUUACUACUGCCUCCGCAAAAUAUGGUGUUUCCGCAAUUUUCAUCGCUGACCAAGACUUGGAUGCUGAUGACUCGAACGAGUGGAUCGUUACUCUCGGCCAUCCUGGACUCGGAAUGAGCCAGACUUACUACACAACAACCGUUGACGCUGACCGUGAACGAUACCGAGAAGCUUACAUCAAAUACAUCACGGACUACUCACUCAAGUACCGCGAAUUGCUUUCCACUUCAGCAACUGAAGAGUCCAUCCGCUCGAUGGCGGAGAAAAUUUACAACUUCGAAUCCAACAUCGCCAAAUACAUGUGGAGCCCGACCGAGGGGCGUGACCCAGCAAAUUAUCAGCGAAAGAAAGUCGUUGGCGAGAUUCCCGGAAACGAGAUUGUUGGCAAUUGGGAUCAGUUUGUCAAUGAAAUCAUCAGCAAAGUGAACGUUGACUACUCCAUCGAUGCUGAGACAAUUGUCAACCUUUCUGAUGAGAAGUGGUUCAACAACACGAACAUUGCUAUCGAUGAAGCUGAAAUGGGCAACGAUGAUCUCCUCGAUUACGUCGCCUGGCGAGUUCACAGCAACUACAUCGGCUAUUUGGGAUCAGAGUGGCGUGCAAUCUACGAUGAGUUCACUGCUACUAUUUCUGGCUCAACUCCUAAGCCACGAUGGCAGACUUGCUCGGACGCUGCUAACAGCGUUAUGGAAUGGGCUGUUGGAAAACUGUACAUCGAAGAAGACUUCCAGGGAGAAUCUAAAGAAAUCAUGACUGGUCUCGUCGACAACCUGUUCAGCUCCUUCCGUGAAGAUAUCCUAUCUGACGCCGACUGGAUGAGCUCUGAGACAAAAGUCCAGGCACUCGACAAACUUGAAAAAAUCACUACUAACAUCGCUUUCCCGGACUGGAUUAACGAGGAAGACGCUGUCAACGAAAAGUACGCUACUCUUGAGGUCAGCGACUCAUACAUUGGAACCCGGCGUUCUGGUAAAGAGUGGCAGCAGCGUGAAUGGUGGACUCUUCUCAAUGGCCCCGUUGACAAAGGCAUGUGGCUCACUGGUCCCGCUAUCGUCAACGCUUUCUACUCAUCAUCCUUCAACUCGAUAACCUUCCCAGCUGGCAUCCUUCAACCACCCUUCUUCAGCAAAGAUAUGACUACGGCCAUGAACUUCGGCGGUAUUGGCGUCGUUAUCGGACACGAAAUCACUCACGGCUUUGAUGACCAAGGAUCAAAAUACGACGGCGACGGAAACUACAAGAACUGGUGGACGCCAAUUGACAGGGAUAACUUUGAUGAGCGAGUGCAGUGCGUUAAAGAUGAAUACUCUGGAUUCUACUUCGAGGAAGCCGACAAGAACCUCAACGGCGAUCUCACUGCUGGCGAAAAUACAGCUGAUAAUGGUGGUCUUUGGGAAGCGCGAUAUGGAUACGACUGGUAUUUGAAAGAAACCUCUGACAUCUACGUCCCUGGUCUCUCAGAUAAAUUCACCCCUGAUCAGCUUUUUUAUAUCGGAUACGCUCAGAUCUGGUGCGCCAAGUACAAGGAAGACUAUGCCAAAUGGAUGGUUGACAAUGAUCCUCACUCCCCCGGUCGAUUCCGAACCAACGGCGCUAUCCAAAACGGUGGCCGCUUCUUCGCUAAUGCUUUUGGAUGCAAGAAGGGAACACCGAUGAAUCCCGAGAACCAGUGCCGAGUUUGAGUAUGCCCGGAUCCAGAUUACUUGGACCAGUGCAUUUCCGAAUAUCGAACGAUCUACAACCGAUGCCGAUUCUUGUGCGAGACUGAAGAGUGCAACCAGCAGUGUGCUGUUGACUAUGAAGAAAAUCUAAAAUUCUGUCCUUGCAAUGAAUAUUGCCCCAACGGUUGCAAGGGGUGCGAUUAUUACCAGAAAUGUCCCCGACCCGAUAUUGGUCCUCACUUCAUGGUGGUCGGCGAUCGCUGGAACGUCCGUACUGCUUACAUCAUGAAUAUCAAAGGAAAGUGCACCUUACUCGUGCCCAUAUUGCUCUCUGGUCAAUACGGUCCACCCCGUUUCAUAGAAGGCGCAGGAUUUGCGGUUCUCAACGGCCAAGGAUAUCUUUUCGGAGGCAACACCGACUACCAGAAAAUUGCAACUCUUGAUGGCUGCACUUUCAACCCAACUCCUUAUCGCCUUCUCAUCUUGCUUUGUUUCGGUGACUUUGAGAAUCUUGAUAGCUGUGAAGAGUUUGACGGAAGCACGAGCACUUCUUUGGACUACAAAACCGUCGAAGACCAUCGAUAUGCCUGUCUCGGUGAAUAUGAUGGUCUUGCUGUGACGAUUGGCGGUUAUGGUGGUGCACCCGGUGCUCAGAGAAGUGUUGAGAUCUUAGGAUCAAUUGGAUGGUACUCUUCCACUAGUCACCCUCAAAAUAUGAACGAUCACGUCUGUGUCACUCUCGAAGACAGGAUUCUGACAAUCGGCGGCCUUCAAGACAUGCAAUAUGGAACAAAUAUCUACUCUUUCAAGGACUAUGCUUGGUCGAAGCAAAGGAAUGAUAAACUUUUGACUACAACUGGCCAACCAUCGGCGAUCUUAAUGGAAGGUGGCGUUAUUUUUUCCGUCAGCGGCUGGUCAUCCCCAUUUUCUGUGGAAAGAAUUCUCUGGGACGAUGGCAAAGUUAUCAAGAACGAAAAUGUCUAUAACAAUACAGCUGCUCUCUUCGCCCCAAUCCUUUUUCCGAUUGAUUACGAGACCUGCCCAUCUCAACCCUGCUACUAA